AACACGAGGUACCUAUGUCCUGGUAGGCCUUUCUGACUCGACAAACUGGAUACUGUUUUGCCGUGUAUAUGACGAUUAUGUAUCUGCGGAGAACCUUGCCCGCAAGGCCGGGCCGCUACUGUACUCCGUACGAGUAUGGGGAUCUGGCACUGGCACGCCUAGACCCUCGGAAUUGACCCGCACCUACCUGGGGGGAUACGCCGAGGUCCAGACGUCCGGUGCUCCUCCUCGGUCAUAUAAUACAACUUGUCCCGGCUUUCCACGAAUAUCUACCGAGCUCUACCAGACUAUCAUCCUGUGCCUUCUCAAUUCUUCUACGAUCGUCAACAUCACCGUCACCCUCUCUCUGUUUCAAUCCUGAGAACAAAGCAAGAAUGAGUUACACACAGUCAUGGCUAGACUUGGAGAAGGAGCUGGGAGGACGAAUGGUCAUGCAUGGUAGUGCCGAAGAGUUGAGAGCCACGUAUGAUCAGCUCGUUGCGAUGUUGCUCCCGCAAGCACCCAAACCUUCAGAUGCUGUGGAAAGUAAAGACGGCGACGUUGAUGGUAUUAAGUACCGCGUCUAUGUUCCGACAGAGGCCGCGAAGCAAGGACCGCUUCCUGUUGCGAUAUGGACGCAUGGUGGGGGUUUUGUGACGGGAGAUAUCAACUCGGAUGAUCUGCUCUGCAGGGUGAUCUCAGAGCACGCUCCAUCCAUUGUAGUCAAUGUUGACUAUCGACUUGCUCCUGAACACAAAGCACCUACACAGCUUCAAGAUACAUUGAGCGUGUACAAAUGGGCACGAGAGAACGCGAGCUCAUUCGGAGGUGACCCGAACAAGUUCUACACCAUUGGAGGUUCAGCUGGUGGUGCAUUAGCAUUGCAGGUCGCCAACCGCUUAGUGAAGGACCCCGCAAAACGGGACGGCAUCAAGGGCGUUGCUGCCAUCGUCCCAGCGACUCUGCAUUUCGAUAACGUUCCUGCCGAGUACCAGUCCAUGUUCAAGGCCUAUGAAGAGAAUAAGGAGGGCGUUCCCAUCAUCGACAAGCAGUCGAUGCAAAACUUCUAUGAUCUUACUGGGGUCGAUCCCAAGGAUAGCGACAUAUUCACGGCAUUGGCUACCGAAAACCACAAGAAUUUUCCACCAACGUAUUUUGUGAGCUGUGAAAAAGACCCUUUGAGAGACGACGCUACUGUGAUGGAGGCUGCUUUGAAGAAGGCUGGUGUGCCAACGAAGCAUGACUUUUACAAGGGGCUGCCGCAUUAUUUCUGGAUUUUCCCUUCUGUGCCUGAGGGCCAGCAAUUCGUUGGAAAUCUGAUUGGGGGUGUGAAGUGGCUGAUCUCGCAGAUGUAGUUUCAGACAGAUAGAUCGAGUGAUAAGCAAGCCAUGCAAAAGAAGUAUGCCUGCUUCCACAAAUGGUUACAUAUCGUGCUCGUCCCACAGUGGGGUUGUUUAGUGCAAGCUGGAG